AUUUAACUUGAUGAAUCACAUUUUUUUUUUAUAAACUAUCGUCUAUUUUGUGUACACGCAAAAGCUGUCAACGGAAAAAUAUUGUUCUUUUUGUAUGAACGUGUGCAUUAGCCCAAAAGGUUAAUUAAGGAAUAAACGAAGGAGCUUAGUGUUGUCAUACAUUUCCAAGAUGAUUAAUAGUUGGAAAAUGUAGACAACGAACAAAAGCAUGUUCCAUGAAACUAGAAAAAAUUGAACUAACGGCUGAUUGUUCAAACCUAGGACUCACAAGAGUUCCGCAAAAUCUAAAUCAUACCAUUUUUGCGCUGGAUUUAAGUAAAAAUAAGAUUAAAAUCCUCAGGAACAAUUCCUUUGAAAGAUACACACAGUUAGCUGUUUUGACAAUUGAUAGCAACGACCUGUAUUUCCUGAAUGCUGAUACAUUCUUUGGAUUACACAAUUUAGUGAAAUUGUCUAUGAAUGAUAACAGGCUGAAUCUUUCGACAGCUUACUCUAAUGGAAUAUUUAGUCAUACCUCACAACUGCGAUAUCUGGAUAUCGGAAGCAACCAGGUAACAUCUCACAAAUAUACUGCACCGAUGAUUUAUCCGUAUUUCGGAGAUCUGAAAAAUUUACAAACUUUAUACUUGGAUCUUGUGAAUCUUCCAGUCUUUAACUCAAGUGGAUUACAAAAACUAAACAAACUUGAAACAGUUCGAUUUUCGAGCUGUACUCUUGAGGAAAUGCUUAAUGGUACUUUUGUUGACAUGCCACCUUCUGUAAAACAAGUAUAUCUCAAUAAUUGUGAAAAAGUGAAAAAAGUUGAAGCUAACUUUUUUAAGCCGUUUUGGAAUCUACAGGUUUUAGAACUUAGUAGCGUGUUCAUUCAUCUAUCGAGGGCAUUAGAACUUUUAUAUCCGUUUCAAAAUAAGAAUAUGACAUCUAUAGUAUUCAAAAGAGUAACUGUUGAUUUUCAGGAUUCGAACAAAUAUCCGUAUGCAGUCAGAGUCACAAGAAAAAUGAUGAAAUAAUUGCAAACUAUAUGUGUAGAUGAUUUAGUCUUAGCAGAAAGCGGUAUUGUUGAUUUUGAACCAGGCUCCUUGUUGACCUACAACCAUCCAGAAUGUUUCAAAAGAAUAGUUUUUACUGGGAACAGGUUUUCAAUGCGCGAUGGAAAAUCUAAGACAAUGGAAUUUAUUACUUUCCAGUCAAAAGUAAUUAACCUACGAGUAUUUGAUUAUUCAUACAACCCAAUUAAAUACUCAAAUAUCGACUAUGGUUCUGACUUUAUACAGAGUAACAAUAUUAGCUCAGGUGGAGAAUACCAAUACGAGACAACACAACACGAAAAUAACCCAUUAGUUGGACAAAACGUAUCACCGAAUAACGACCAAUAUAUUUAUACCUAUACGGUUUCAUUACCACCAAGCCUUGAAUCUCUUAGAUUUUCACAUUAUCUUACUCCAACGGAUAGUCGGAUUAACUUGAUGAUCAAACGAGCACAACAUUUGCGUCAUCUGGACGUGUCAUAUUUCCAAACGAGUUAUUUUCCGCAGAUAUAUUUUGAAGGUGACCACAAUAUUGAAUUCAUCAAUAUGUCUGGAAUUGAUGCAAAUCUUUACUGUUUGAAACAUUCAAAAGUCAAAAGUCUUUUUCAAAACCUAUCAGUGGCCGUCAUGCAAAACAUACAACUUGGGAAAGCUAUACUGAGCGGCUGUGACAUUUUCAGUCUUCUUCCAGUUAUAGAAAAUUUGGAUGUAUCUUCGAACAACAUGUGGUUUCUAUCUGAAAAUGCAUUUAUAUAUAACAAUGAGCUUAGAAUUCUGAACAUGAAGAUAAAUUCGUUCACCGAAAUACCGACAGCAGUAACUGCUUUGUCAAAUUUAGAAUUUCUCGAUCUUAGGAACAACUAUAUCCAGUCUAUUAAUGAGACCAUAAGAAAGUGGUUAGAUCAACAAUACCCGAGAACGUUUAAACUUUAUUUGGGGGGAAAUACCUUUAGUUGCACCUGUGAUACCAUGUAUUCCAUUAAAUGGUUAUUCACUACGAAAAUACGUUUUGACAGGUCAAAAAAAGAUUUUGAUUGUCGCCUUAGUAACGGGACAGUCAUCAAUACAUUACAUGCAAAUGAAAACUUUCAUGACCUGUUCAGUCAUUGUGACAGUGAAACCUGGCUCCAAGUUGGAAUCGGUUUGAUCGUGGCGUUCUUUGUGUGUGUCGUUCCUGUUGCUAUUAUCAUAAGUUAUAGGUGGAAAAUAACGUUUUACAUUUAUAAAAAAUUUCGACGAGUUGUAGAAAAGGGAUUGAGACAGAAAUGUCAAUAUGAUGUGUAUCUUUCUUAUGCGGAAGACAGUCAAAGUUGGGUUAUUAAUUCUUUACGUCCGAAAUUAGAGGAGACUUGGAAAAUGAAGGUUUGCAUUGGAGAUCGAGACUUUCUUGUUGGCGAGUCGAAAUCUGAAGCGAUUGCGAAUGCUAUCAGCGAAAGCAGACAUGUUAUCAAGGCCGUAGCUACCCUUGAGGCAAGAAAAGCAGACGUUAAAUGUAUUCCAGACGAACUCUGUCAUAUAUGGAAAGAUGUUAUAGAUGUAACCUGGCCUGACAAUGAAUCAGACAAUGGAUGGCAAACACUGAAGUUAGCUUUAUGGUCAGAACUGUCCUAG